UCCCCGGUUUUAUUUUUAUCUGAUCCUGGAACGUGCCAUUCCGAGCCGAGAGCGCCGCCCGCCGCACUGCGGCACAUUUCCCGGCUUCUGCCCUCAUCCGUUCGUCCACCGACCACGGGACACUUGGACGCGCAACAACAGCAUCCAUCACCAGCAUUUCUCGUGAUCCGCAGAGUGCUGGACCAUCCACAAGGAGGACACAGUUGGUGGCAAUCAGUCAGCCUACCAGAGAUGCGCUGGCGGGACUCGCCUUGACCCCUUGCAGCUUCCAACCAUGCCGGACCUCUUCUCCGUCCCCGUCUUCUUCAUCAUCUUCCGCGAGACGCUCGAGACCUCCAUCAUCGUCUCUGUCCUACUCGCCUUCCUCAAGCAGACGCUGCCCAAUGCCUCGGAUGCCGCCCUCGCGCAGCGCAUGCGCCGCCAGAUCUGGCUCGGCACCUUUUCGGGCUCCGCCAUCUGCCUCUUCAUCUCGGCCUGCAUCGUCGCCGUCUUCUACCUGACCGAGACGGACGCCUGGAGCUCCACCGAGUACUACUACGAGGGCGCCUUUGCCCUGUUUGCCAGCUUCAUCAUCACCGUCACCGGCGCCGCCCUGCUGCGCAUCAACAAGAUGCAGGAAAAGUGGCACGUCAAGCUGCGCCAGGCCAUCGAAGACGGCGACCGCCGCAAGAGGCGCAUGAAGCGCGACGCCCGCAACGGCGGCGGCGGGAGCGGCGACACGGGCAACGGCAACGACGCGCAGGGCUGGCUGGGCCGCUGGAUGAGCCGCUACUUCAUGUUUGUCCUGCCCUUUGUCACGGUGCUGCGCGAGGGCGUCGAGGCCGUCGUCUUCAUUGCCGGCGUCACCUUCAGUGCGCCCGCCGAGUCGGUGCCUCUGCCCGUGCUGACGGGCCUUGCGACGGGCAGCUUUGUCGGGUGGUUGAUCUACCGUACCGGCUCAACAUCACACCUCCAGCUCUUCCUCGUGGCCGCCACGUGCAUCCUCUAUCUCGUCGCCGCGGCCCUCUUCACCCGCGCCGUGUGGUUCUUUGAGCAGCAGCAGUGGAACAUUGCCGUGGGCGGCGACGCGGCAGAGGUCGGCGUCGGCCCAGGCUCGUACGAUAUCGACAAGAGCGUGUGGCACGUCAACUGCUGCAGCCCCUACAUCAACGGCGGCGGUGGCUGGGGCGUCUUCAACGGCCUCUUGGGCUGGCAGAACUCGGCCACGUACGGCUCCGUCAUCUCGUACAACGUCUAUUGGUGGGUCGUCAUCGGCGGGUUCCUCGCCAUGCGCCACCGCGAGGUGAAAGGCCACUGGCCGCUCAUGCGCAAGCGCAAGACUGUAUGAAAUCACGUGUCGUCGUAGGGCUGGGCUUGGGGUGGAGGCAAAUAACGAUAAGAAAUUGACGUUGGCAUGUUGGGCCUG